AUUUGGUUAAAAGCAAAGAUCCCUAAUCGGGACGUGAUGGCCAUAUGUCACGUGAAUCGUGAAGGUAUAUAAGCGGCGAGCGCGCUCCGAGUCCGUUUGUUGAUUGUCAUCUCUUUAUCACAAACCAUCACCAGUCCAGUACUCGCCCGCUUCAACUAACACUAUCAAUGUCUGGCAAGGGUAAAGCUGGUAAAUCUGCAGGCGGAAAGGUUGGCGGCGAAGGCAAGUCACAGUCGCGCUCCGCAAAGGCCGGUCUUCAGUUCCCUGUCGGCCGUGUCCAUCGUCUUUUGAAGAAAGGGAACUAUGCCCAGCGUGUUGGCGCAGGCGCUCCAGUCUACCUUGCUGCGGUUCUUGAGUACCUCGCCGCCGAGAUUCUCGAGCUUGCAGGCAAUGCCGCCCGUGAUAACAAGAAACAACGUAUUGUGCCCCGUCAUCUUCAGUUGGCCAUCCGAAACGAUGAGGAAUUGAACAGACUCCUAGGUGACGUAGUCAUCUCACAAGGAGGAGUGGUCCCCUUCAUCAACCCUGAAUUACUGCCUAGCAAAUCAAGCAAAGGCAAAAAGGAGGGUGCGAGCCAGGAGGCGUAACUUUCUGUGCAUCUUACCUUUAUUCUCCUUUUACGCGCUUUUUAUUACAUUCGAUCUUCAUGUAUCAUAUCAUAUAUAUCCAGUCGUGUUUCAGCUGUAAUUCCUGGUACCGAGCAGAAUCAUGAUCGAUCAUGAUCAUUGACGUCAGUCGAGUGUGCUUGUUUGUACUUGUUGAAUUUGCAAGGUACAAGUAGGUACAAGUUGCAAGCACUCAUCUCUGGAG